UCCGAGGCUCGGGGCAGAGCUCCUCACUGGCCGGCUGCCCCUUGGGUCGAGGCUGGAGGUGGGUGUCAACGGGAGGAGCCCUCCACAGCGGGGAGGCCUCCGAGGAUCGGGAUCGGGACAGCUGCAGGUCGGGUUGCAGGCGGGUGAGCCGAGAGCAGAGCCGUGUGGAAUCUGGACUCGCCAGGCCUGGAGAUGGCGGGAAACUGCUCCUGGGAGGCCCAUCCUGCCAACAGGAACAAGAUAUGCCCCGGCGUGAGCGAGGCCCCGGAGCUCUACAGCCGUGGCUUCCUGACCAUCGAGCAGAUCACCAUGCUGCCCCCACCGGCCGUCAUGAACUACGUCUUCCUGCUCCUCUGUCUGUGCGGCCUGGUGGGCAACGGGCUGGUGCUCUGGAUCUUCGGCUUCUCCAUCAAGAGGAGCCCCUUCUCCACCUACUUCCUGCACUUGGCCAGCGCCGACGUCGGCUACCUCUUUAGCAAGGCCGCGUUCUCCAUCCUGAACACGGGCGGCUUCCUGGGCGCGUUUGCCGACUACGUCCGCGCCGUGUGCAGGAUCCUGGGGCUCUGCAUGUUUCUCGCCGGCGUGAGCCUCCUGCCGGCCAUCAGCUCGGAGCGCUGCCUGUCGGUCAUCUUUCCCACCUGGUUCUGGCGCCGACGGCCCAAGCGCCUGUCGGCUGUGGUGUGCGCCCUGCUCUGGACCCUGUCGCUCCUGGUCACCAGUAUCCACAACUACUUCUGUGUGUUCCUGGGCCGCCAGGCCUCUGGGGUGGCCUGCAGGCACAUGGACAUCUUCCUGGGCAUCCUGCUUUUCCUGGUCUUCUGCCCACUCAUGGUGUUGCCCUGCCUGGCGCUCAUCCUGCACGUGGAAUGCCGGGCCCGGCGGCGCCAGCGCUCCGCCAAGCUCAACCACGUCAUCCUGGCCAUGGUCUCGGUUUUCCUCGUGUCCUCCAUCUACUUGGGGAUCGACUGGUUCCUCUUCUGGAUCUUCCAGAUCCCGGCCCCCUUCCCCGAGUACGUCACCGACCUGUGCAUCUGCAUCAACAGCAGCUCCAAGCCUGUCGUCUACUUCCUGGCCGGCAGGGACAAGUCGCAGCGGCUGUGGGAGCCUCUACGGGUGGUCUUCCAGCGGGCCCUGCGAGACGGCGCCGAGCUGGGGGAGGCCGGGGGCGGCACGCCCAACACGGUCACCAUGGAGAUGCAGUGUCCCUCUGGGAACGCCUCCUGAGAGGUCUGCACCUGGAGAGGAGGCAGGGACCGGGAGCAGCCGGUGGCCUCCAGAGACCCUUUGCUGCAGGACAGGAGCUGGGCAGCCACCCCGGUGCCCGUGCGCAAGGAGGAAAGUCUGCUGCCCGCCCCUCAUGCCUCCUUUGCCCUGGGCCGAGGCUCCAGGGGUGCCCGAGAGACCGAGCAGCCACCUGCAAGCAGACCCUGUGGCCUCGCCAGGCUCUCCUUCAGUGACCCAUUAUACAGAAGUUGUCCCAGGCGGUGGGGCUGCUCUCCCAGCAGGCUGGUGAGGAAAGGAGGGGGGUCAUCCAGCCCCAGCGAAGUCCUGCCCCCUUCAGUCAGGCCUCCUUGGAAAUGACACAGCCGGCACCAUCGCCCAUGGGGCCAGCAGCUUCGUCCCCGCCGCUGGGGCACCUCUUCCCUCCAUUCCAUUCUCUCCAGGCCAUUUAGUGAGCAGCCCCGAAGGAGAUGCUGCUGUCUGGGAGGGGCUUCUGGUAACCUGCCUUGUGGCUCAGUCUUUCUGCAAAUGACGUCCCUGCCCCCUGGAUGCAUCCUCCGGUCACUUGAACGGGAGGGUGUCUGGUUCCCACGAGGAGCUGGGGAUGGGAAGGACUCUCGGCCAGCUGGGCUGGGUCACUCUCUUUUCUGACCCCGUGCCGGCCAGCUCCAGCAGCCUUCAGAGCACGCGGUGUGUCCGAGCUGCUGUCUGCCCGGCCUUGGGGCUCUGGGCUCAGGCCCCCACUGAAAGUGGGCACUGGCUCUCCCUGGCCCCCAGCCCACCUGCGAGCACAGUGGCCCAUGUAGCCGAAGCAAGUUUUAUAAAAGACAGUAAAUGUGUACCAAUAAACAUUUUAUAUC